GGGAGGAAAAACCUCAAUGGCGUUAGCAGCGACUUCGUCAGUUCCUCUAGCGCUGGGAAUUUGCGCUACUUCUUUCCAGAUCUCUGCCAGGGGCAAUAGCGAUUCCUCGCUCGGUAGCUCCAGCCUCGUCUUCGUCUAUGGGACGCUCAAGAAAGGAUUUGGGAACGAGUGGCUCAUGCAGGAGCUCGUGAGCCAGCAGCACGCCUGCUUCGUGUCCGCCGCCACCACCAAGCUCGAAUUCCCGCUCGUCUGCGGCCCAUUCCAGGUGCCUUUCCUUCUCAAUUUCCCCUGCCAAGGCCACCGCGUCCGCGGCGAAGUCUAUCUCGUAGACCAAGCUGGUCUUCGCAGGCUCGACGAGCUCGAGGGCCUCGGCAAGGGCCACUACGAGCGCCGAUCCAUUCUCGUCGAGGGCCUGGAACGAAGUUUAGCUCAGUCCCAAGCUGUGAAUGCCGAGGCUUACUUUGCAGGAUCUAGUUACGCAAUGGAGAUGCUGGGAGCUCCACACUUGCCAAGCUACAGCACCGUCGAGGCGGAGAAUUAUGUUCCGCGGAGGAACCGGCCGCCGGGUAUCACGUUUUUGGAACACGUCCAAGCAUGGAUCGCUGCUAAAAAAUGAAAAAAAAUGAAAAAAUGAAGAUGCUCUCGAGUUUUUUGUAGCCAUGCCACUGUCACAAAACUACACACGAAUUAAGACA